AUUUUUAUCAGUGAGAAGAAAAACUCAGACUCUGAUAGAGAGGCAGAGAGAGAGAGAAUGGCGCAGAAGAACUAUCUAGUGGAGGUGGAGAAAGCGAAGGAAGCUAAAGAUGGAAGGCCAUCCGUAGGACCUGUGUACAGGAGUUUGUUCGCCAAAGAUGGAUUUCCUGCGCCGAUUCAAGGAAUGGACAGUUGCUGGGACGUGUUUCGCAUGAGCGUAGAGAGAUGUCCGAAUAAUCCGAUGCUUGGUCGCCGGGAAUCCGUGAAUGGGAAGCCUGGUAAAUAUGUGUGGCAAACUUAUAACGAAGUAUAUGACUUGGUGAUUAAAGUUGGAAAUGCAAUGCGGAGUUGUGGUUUGGGGGAAGGAGUGAAAUGUGGUAUUUAUGGUGCCAACUGCGCAGAGUGGAUUAUAAGCAUGGAGGCCUGCAAUGCUCAUGGGCUCUAUUGUGUUCCUUUAUAUGACAGUUUAGGUGCUGGUGCGGUGGAAUUUGUUAUAAACCAUGCAGAGGUUUCAAUUGCUUUUGCUGAAGAAAAAAAAAUUCCUGAGCUGCUGAAAACAUUUCCUAGCACAACUCAGUACCUUAAAACACUUGUGAGCUUUGGCAAGGUUACCCACGAACAAAGAGAGGAAGUUGAGAAGUUUGGAUUGGUGAUAUAUUCAUGGGAUGAAUUUUUGCAACUGGGAGAAGGUAAACAAUUUGAUCUUCCUGUGAAAAAGAAAAGUGACAUCUGUACUAUUAUGUAUACUAGUGGAACUACAGGCGAUCCCAAGGGUGUAAUGAUAUCCAAUGAUAGCAUUAUUGCUCUUUUAGCUGGGGUGAAGCGCCUUCUAGAGAGUGUUAAUGAAAAGCUGACCGACAAAGAUGUGUAUCUUUCAUAUCUUCCUCUUGCUCAUAUCUUUGAUCGGGUGAUUGAGGAGCUAUUUAUUUUAACUGGGGCCUCAAUUGGGUUCUGGCGUGGGGAUGUCAAACUAUUGGUUGAGGACCUUGGGGAGCUAAAACCAACAAUUUUCUGUGCUGUCCCCCGUGUGUUGGAUAGAAUUUACUCAGGAUUGAAUCUGAAGAUUUCUUCAGGGGGCUUAUUGAAAAAGACGCUUUUCAAUCUUGCAUACUCAUUCAAGCAUCAUAACAUGCAGAACGGGAGUAAACAUGAAGAGGCAUCUCCAAUUUGUGACAAAUUUGUCUUUAGUCAGGUAAAGCAAGGGUUGGGGGGUAGGGUACGCCUUAUUCUAUCUGGAGCAGCACCUCUUUCCGCUCAUGUAGAAGCUUUCCUGCGAGUUGUGUCAUGUGCUCAUGUUCUUCAAGGAUAUGGUCUGACGGAAACUUGUGCGGGGACAUUUGUGUCACUACCAAAUGAAAUGCCAAUGCUUGGCACAGUAGGCCCUCCAGUACCCAAUGUAGAUGUGUGCCUAGAAUCUGUUCCUGAAAUGGGAUAUGAUGCCCUUUCUAACACACCACGAGGAGAAGUAUGUGUAAGAGGAAGAACAUUGUUUUCAGGGUACUAUAAACGUGAAGACCUCACCAAAGAGGUCAUGGUUGAUGGGUGGUUCCAUACAGGGGAUGUUGGUGAGUGGCAACAGGAUGGAAGCUUGAAAAUCAUUGACCGCAAGAAGAAUAUUUUUAAACUUUCUCAAGGAGAAUAUGUUGCCGUUGAAAACUUGGAGAACAUUUAUGUUAAUGUUUCUGCCAUUGAUUCGAUAUGGGUCUAUGGAAACAGCUUCGAGUCCUUCCUAGUCUCUGUUGUGAACCCCAAUAAGCAAGCACUUGAACGUUGGGCUGUAGAAAAUAGUGUCACUGGGGAUUUCAAUUCUAUUUGUGAAAAUCCCAGGGCUAAAGAAUACAUUCUUGGGGAGCUCACAAAGGUUGCUAAAGAAAAAAAGUUGAAGGGAUUUGAGAUUAUAAAAGCUGUUCACCUUGAACCCGAGCCAUUUGACAUAGAACGUGACCUUAUCACACCAACAUAUAAAAUAAAGAGGCCCCAGAUGCUUAAAUAUUACAAGAAUGUGAUUGACAACAUGUACAAGAGUGCAAACAAUUCCCGUGUGUGAAGAAUUCACUUCUGGAGCUAGAAUUUUCUCCCAUUUAGCGAACACGUUGCAUUUUGCUUUAGUCUUUUUAUUCUUGCGACUGUAUAUAUGGGUAUCCAUAUACCAUCUGAUAAAAUUAAAAUUAAAAUAUAUCUAAUGAAGAGCAGUUCCUUUAGGGGGGACCCUUGGAAUUGAUAUAAACAUACUCUUGUAUAUGAAGCUAAUGUUUUCAUAAAGGACAAUAAAGUUCUUGACUAAUUUGUUCUUAA